UGCGUCAGCGUGAGUGGGGCCGAGGGCUGGAGCGAGCAGCCGAGAGAGAGAGAGAGAGAGAGAGAGGAAAAUAAAACAUUUAAACCCCAGCAAGAAAAAUAAAAGUAAAACUCCAAGCAAAACCCGGGCGCAGACCAGAGCCGGCGGCUUUUUACCCAGCCAGGUUCCAGACGUUGUCCACCUUUGUCUUUACAUGUUAACACUGGCUGCAAUUAAAAGAUCUUAGACCAUGUCAGUAUGGAUUCAGGCCCAGCAGCUUCAGGGCGAAGCUCUGCGUCAGAUGCAGUCCUUGUAUGGACAGCAUUUUCCAAUUGAAGUUCGGCAUUAUUUAUCACAGUGGAUUGAAAGCCAGGCAUGGGACUCGAUAGAUUUGGAGAAUCCACAAGAUGAAUAUCGAGCACAGAGGUUGCUUGAGACAUUAAUACAGGAGUUGCAGAGAAAAGCUGAUCAUUUAAUGGGUGAAGAUGUUUUUGUACUAAAGUUGAAAUUAGGGAAUUAUGCCACUCAGUUAAAGAAUACUUAUGACCGUUGUCCACUGGCUGUUCGAUCAAUCAAACACAUUUUGUACCAUGAACAGAGACUAAUUAGAGAAGCUACAAAUCCGAGUUCACCAGUAGGUUUACUGGACUCCAUGUCUCAGAAACACCUUCAAAUAAACCAAACGUUUGAGGAACUAAGACUAAUGACUCAAGAUACUGAGAAUGAACUACGAAAGCUUCAGCACACGCAAGAAUACUUUAUCAUUCAAUAUCAAGAGAGUCUACGGAUACAAGCUCAGCUUGCUCAACUUGCACAGCUGAGUCCGCAAGACCAGAACCGUAUCUUGCGAGAAAAAAGCUUGCAACAAAAACGGACAUCUCUGGAGGGUUGGUUACAGCGAGAAGCCCAGACACUACAGCAAUACAGACUGGAUUUAGCCGAGAAACACCAAAAGACAUUGCAGUUGCUCCGUAAGCUCCAGACAAUUAUUUUAGAUGAUGAAUUGAUUCAGUGGAAACGUCGCCAGCAGUUAGCAGGGAAUGGUGGUCAGUCUGAAGGAGGUUUAGACGUACUUCAGUCAUGGUGUGAGAAAUUAGCAGAGACAAUAUGGCAGAAUCGUCAGCAGAUCAGGCGAGCUGAACACCAACGGCAGCAGCUUCCCAUCCCAGGCCCAGUGGAGGAGUUACUUACAGAGCUUAAUGCAACAAUUACGGAUGUAAUAUCUGCACUAGUUACAAGCACCUUUAUAAUUGAGAAACAACCCCCUCAAGUUUUGAAGACUCAGACAAAGUUUGCAGCCACCGUACGUUUAUUAGUUGGUGGAAAGCUGAAUGUACACAUGAACCCACCCCAAGUGAAAGCAACUAUUAUCAGUGAACAGCAAGCAAAGGCACUUCUGAAAAAUGAAAAUACAAGAAAUGACAGCAGUGGUGAAAUAUUAAACAACUGUUGUGUUAUGGAGUACCAUCAAGCAACGGGAACCUUAAGUGCCAACUUUAGAAAUAUGUCGUUGAAACGAAUCAAGCGUUCUGAUCGACGUGGAGCAGAGUCAGUCACAGAAGAAAAAUUCACAAUUCUUUUUGAAUCACAGUUCAGUGUUGGUGGAAAUGAACUAGUGUUUCAGGUUAAGACUUUGUCACUUCCAGUGGUAGUGAUAGUUCAUGGCAGCCAAGACAACAAUGCCACUGCCACUGUACUCUGGGAUAAUGCAUUUGCGGAGCCAGGUAGAGUCCCAUUUGUCGUUCCUGAUAAAGUACUCUGGCCACAGUUAUGUGAGGCUCUCAAUAUGAAAUUCAAAGCAGAGGUUCAGAGCAACAGAGGAUUGUCAGAAGAAAAUCUUGUUUUCCUGGCUCAGAAAGCAUUCAGCAGUUCGGCCAUUCAUCCAGAUGAUUACAGUAACAUGACCAUAUCCUGGUCUCAAUUUAAUAGGGAAAGUUUACCUGGUCGAAAUUUCACAUUCUGGCAGUGGUUUGAUGGAGUCAUGGAGCUGACAAAAAAGCAUCUGAAGCCUCAUUGGAAUGAUGGGGCAAUUUUGGGGUUUGUAAACAAGCAACAGGCACAAGAUAUGCUGCUUUCCAAGCCAAAUGGAACCUUUCUGCUGCGAUUCAGUGACUCAGAGAUUGGAGGGAUUACAAUAGCGUGGGUAGCAGAUAAUCCCAACAAAGCAGGAGAAAGGAUGGUUUGGAAUCUUAUGCCAUACACAACCAAAGAUUUUUCAAUUCGAUCGCUGGCAGAUCGUAUCAGUGAUCUCAAUCAUUUGCUGUAUUUGUACCCAGACAGACCCAAAGAUGAUGUGUUUUCUAAAUAUUAUACACCACCAUUGUCAAAAGCAGUAGAUGGAUAUGUAAAACCACAGAUCAAACAAGUGGUUCCAGAAUUUGCUACAGCAUCAUCUGAUGGAACAUCAGCAAGUAGUACCUAUAUGGAACCAGCAGCAUCACCUGCAGUUGGUCACCCACCACAGUAUCCCCUCUACCCACAAAACCCAGACAGCAUGCUUGAUCCUGAUGGUGAUUUUGACCUUGAUGAUACAAUGGAUGUUGCCAGACAUGUGGAAGAACUUCUGCGCAGACCAAUGGAUAAUCAGUGGCUUCCUCAUCAAUCAACAUGAUUUACCAUCCCCACCUCAUAGAAAAUUGUAUCUUAUGGUUUCAUUCCAUAAGUUGCUUCAUUUCCAAAUCGUUCAUAAUGUGAAAUGUUAAUAUUGCUCGUGAAUCUAAUAUUUUUGUGCAUGUUGAAGCAGUGCAAAUGUUUUUAAAUGUCCUGAUUGCUUGGAAAAAGGCUGCAGUUUUGGAGACUGCAUUUAUAGUUAUUUUAUGUUGUACAAAAUGCAAGUUGCUAUUUGCAUGAGUUUUAUUUACCCUUUCAGAAUUUUAGUUACUUUCUGGUAAAUAGUUUUAAUUUGUAUUUUAGUGUGCCAAGGCAAAUGCCAAAUUAAGUCCUAAAUUUGAUCAUUGUCCUUACUGAGAAGCCGGUCAAAGCUACGUUAUUUGUGCAUGGAUUCUACUUUUCAAUUAUUUACCAAGAUAAUUCUUUACAUGGUUUAUUGGAAAUUAUUAUUCAGUUUUUGAUUGAAGCUUUGAGCAUUGGCUCGCAAUUGGCACUGAAGGGCCACACUAACAACGAUUUUGCUCUUUUUUUUAAAAAAAGAAAUUGACUCAUCACAAUGUCGGUGACAUAUUGAAGAGAUAUUUGGGAGGGAUAGUUUGUAUAUUUUUGUAUCCCUGAACCAUUUUGUUCAUAAUUGUAUUUGUUGUUUCUAUGAUAGCUCUGAAUUGAACAAGGUUUAAAAAAAUGAUCACGUAUUUGACCUAUUUCAGAAUCAAGGUAGUUUUAGAGGAUCUCUUUACAUAAUCUAGGCUAUGUGGUUUGUUAUAAGAAGUGCAUGAGUUUGGAAUGGCAUAACUGUCAAGAUUUACACUUUGCAAAAUUAAGGCAUGUAUGUACUCUAAAGAUAACUAGUUUGUGCUGUAUCAUUUUUGGCACAAUUAAGUACUUGCUGAAUUUGGUCGUGAAAGCUAGUUAACAUUUGGAAUAUUUAAAAUUCUUUGCAGAUAUUAGAAAGAAGCUGUACAAGGUGCUGUUUAAUCACGUAAGAGCAGUGUUGUCCUUACAGGCCUACUUGAAGAAAGUAUCUUUUUACUUUGGUUGCCUUUAUGCCUGCAUGGAAGACCUGUCUUCGGUUUGAUGUAAUGUUUAGCCAAUACGCCAUGCUGAGGUCAAUUGAACUCAAUAUCUUGAUCUCUGUCAUGUGAAUAAUAAGGAAUAUGUGCAAAAUGGUUUUAAUGCAUUUUGAUCUCUGGUAGAUAAGUCUCACAAUGAGUAAAAGCAGCCAGACUUCUGAGAUGCCUUAAUAAGCUGUAGUGUAAGUUAGUUGAUGCAAUAGUUGGGAAGUAUUUAAAAACUUAAGUAUGCAUUCUUGAAUAUGACUUGUCACUGUUGCUGAUGUUGGCAAUAUUCGGACACAAGUUGGUAACAAAAACUAUUUGUUGCAACAAAAGCUUUUCAAAGGGACCACCCGUCUAAUAAAUGUGUAAAGGGAAUCUUUUUAAUCUUUCAUUUUUAAGCAACCACUAUUACAAUUUACAUGGAUUGAAGCAGUGUUUUUCUUAGAGGGGUGCCCAUUCUGAUAUUUGCCAUUAUCAUUUGUUCAGGAAUGCCAUGUUCAGCCUAACAGCCACAAGCAAACGGGAGGACAUAAGCAGUGGCAAUGUUUACAUUUUAAAUUAAUAGAUAUGCUUACCCAUAUUCUAAAAAAAACAAUUAUUCUGGCUGCUUCUGUUCAUUGCUUUUUUUUGUUCAAAUGCCUGGGCCUACUGAGAUGUAACAAAUUUAAAUUUAGUUACAUAAUUGGUUAUCUUUAAUGUUGGGAAAACUAACAAAAGACCAGUUUAUUGCUACUGCCAAACUUUAAUUCUGAUACAAUUAUGUACUUGUACAUAGUAUGGUGAAAACAUUUCUUCAGGACUUGCAUAUAUUACAGACAAUUGCUGAAUACAGUACAUACAGGAAAAGGUGAAUUUCUAUUCCUCUAAAUUCUGGAGGCAUACUCCCACUACGUUUUUUUAUAAAAUAUUUCAUACUGUAUCUUCCAUAAUUCAGCUGUUAUAUUGGUGUAUCUUCUCUUUGAUAAUCAUUUCCUCCUGAAACUUCCCAUCCAGACUUCAUUGACAACAUUAUGUUAAAUCAGUUCCUAAUGCAUAUCAACUGAUGCAUGAUUUGACUUGGAUACAGUCUCAUAUUAGCCAGUGCACUUUUUUUUACAGAAUUGGCCUUUGGCGAAGAAUGCAUUUCAUUCCUUUUGCAUGAUAUCAGAAAACAGUAGAAUCAUUUACUUUAGGGUAUGAGUUCAACUUAGGCAGGAAUGUGGUGCAUUCUCUUUUCAGAUCGUAAGGGUAACUUAUCAGUUUGCUUUAUCUCAGUUCUAGGUCAUCAGUCCAUAUACAAUUCAGUAGCACAGAGGGAGCAUUUAAGAUUGCUGGCUCAAGAACAGAUCACCUUUGAAAGUGGGAUGAAGAUAUAUUGUUGGGAUAAUGUAGUGAGAGCAGUUACUCUGAAUCUAAAAUCUGUUACAGUGAAUGUUGUCUGUUGCAGUGGCUGUUAACCACAGAUUUUUUUUAAAGGAAAGUUCCGGCUCUCCUGCCCUGGCAUUCAUCAUGACGAUUAAAGAAUCCUACUGUGAUUCAAGUUCAAGUGAUAAUGUUAGUGUACGUAAAGUAAGAAGGAGAGAUGAAUUUUAGUGGAAUAUGAUCAGCCUUUAAAGAAUUGUUGGAGUUGACUGGAGAAUCUGUUUCUGUAACACAGCUUGCUGAUUUGCUGAAGGAGAUAUUUUCUGAUGCAGAGACUGAAGCUUACAUUAGUUGAAUGUAUCUUCAAGGCAAGGCAUCAUUCAGUGUCAUACAGAACCAUACAAGCCAGUGCUGGUUUUCUCCAGGAACCAAGCACACACUAUUGGAGCAUUUCCACUUUUGGUUGAAGAAAUCGUUUUCCUCAAUCAUUUGGAGUCCCCUGCUUCCUCUAUCAUAAAGGUCUAGAACCUCUGUGACUUAGCUCAGUUGUCUGUCCCCUACCCGCCAUCCAAUCCUAGUCUUGGGUUUAUUUAGUUAAGAAAGUUGUAGUCUCGAGAAAAAGGCAUUAAGUGUAUCCGACAGUUUUCAGCAAAGUGGUUAGUAGUGUACAAUGUAGCCAAUAAAUGUCACAAUAGUCCUCUUGCCUGGAAAUUUAGUGCCAACGGAGGUGUGUUGAAAGCAGCAUCCUGGAUAUCAACCAAACUGAAGCUGAUAAUCAAUGAAUGUGAGAGGCUGCUUCAUAUGCAAACUGCAUGGAAUAUCACAGCAUGUAUUUUGCUGAUAAAUCCCAAAUGCAAAAGUCCUUAGCAAAAUUUGUCACUUCAUCUUUUAGUGGGUCCAUUGCUGGAUUCCCUAUGGAAUACAGUGCUGGAGUUGGAUUUUGCUGUGAUUCACUGAAUCAGCUUGUGGAUCCAGUGCCAAGAUAGACUUGGUACAGGUCCGCAGUGCAUUGAUUUCAAUGGAGAUUGUAGGCUGCAGUGAAAAAUAGGUGUUCCUUUUUAAAUUAUUUUGGUUUGUUUAAUGUCUAUAUAUUUAAAGGUGUUUUUAGUUGAGUUUACUUUUUAAAGUUCUUUCUCAUUUGUAACAAGUUUAAAAUGUAACUGAAAGUCAAAAACGAUCAGGAACAUUUUAGAAACCCUGAUGUCUUUCAGUUUGCAGAGCUGUGGGUGAGAGGAUUAGGACUUCACCAGCUGUCAAAGGCAUUCAGAUUAGUUUCUCUAUUGUAUCAUUCUAAGCUAUGUUGCUGCUCAGAGUUUCAGCAUCGGACUCUGGGAAGCUUUUGGGUCAGCACAUUCAGAUUAGGUAAGUCUAGGAAUAGCAGCUGGCAAGUCUGUGUCAGCAAAAUCCAGGUUAAUAUGAUCACCAAACAUUGCAACUUACAUUAGGUAGAAUGCAGGAAAAUGCUGUUACAUGCCCCUCACAAUCACAAAUAGAAGCAAUCUUUAUAGGCAGUCCACAGAUGAUGGAGGGGUUCCGUUCUGGAGAACUGUUCAAACCCGGAUUUUUUGUAAAUCGGGAAUGAACAAAAACAGUGUAUAUGGGAGGAUCAUAGAAGCAGCUGUGAUGGGAGAGCAAAAUAGCACAGGAAGAGCAGCUGACCUCACUGACUCAUUGAGCAAGUGAGUGCUUGGUGCUCCCAGCUCUGCCUGGCUCACCCCAGCCCCCCUAUUGUUGUGGCUGAGUGGUUGGGGGGGGGGGGAGAGGAGGGGGGCUCCAUUGCCAUCCAGAAGAAGAUGUUUGCAGCCCCACAGCAGCCGGCAAAUCGAUUCUGCAGGUCUCCCAAAAGCCCAGGGGAAUGCCCUGCUCAGCUGUGAUUUAAAAAAAAUCACCUGCAACCUGCAGUAGCUGGCAAAUCUAUCCCCAAACAGACCUUGGAACAGCUGGCACAGCAGCUCAAACCACUAAUUGCCUCUGCCUCAACAGCAUACAGCUGCAUGGUUGGGCUCCAACUGCACUGACUAACUCCAAAUCACUUGAUUCACUUCACACUCACCUGUGAUGCUCUGCUAUAGAGUUGAGGAAGCUUGUUUCAAAAGUUGUUUGAAAAUUUUCAGAAGGUCAAUAAUUAGUAAGUCAGCUUGUUUGUAUGUACAGGUGUCCUUAAAUUGGUGUUCGCAACCUGGGGAGAACCUAUAUAUUUUUUUAAAAACUUGUACUUUAUGGUUCUUAAGCAUGUGAAGGAAACUGGAAAUAGAAAUCGAGAUCUACCUUGAAAGAAUCAUUGUCAUUUUUCAAAUGAUGGCAUCCCUAAUGCACCUUGAACUCUCCUCAUCCUAUUAAACUUCGAUGGUUAGAGUUUUGCAGAGAAUUUUUCUUGGCACAGGAUUAAAAAUAAAUGAGCAAUUGCCUAUGCCUUGGCUCAGUACAUGUGGUUGGAAGCAUGAGUUACUUGGGUGUCAUCUUGGUGUGAGGGCCAAAAAGAUACUUUUCUCAGAAUCAGUAAGAAUUGUUGUACUUUGUGUCAGAGAUGCUGUGACCCUACAAGAUAUCUAGCAAGGUUGAGCCUUACUCUGCUGAUUUAGUCUUGUUUUUCACUCCUAAACCAUAACCAAUAAGAUGGUAAUACCUCACUCAGUAUUCACUUACCAUUCAGUUGGAAAUCUGUAUGCCAUUGGCUGAGAACAGAAUUGGGUUUGGCUGUGACUUUACACAAUUAGUUUUAAGCUCAUCAUAAAGAAAGUUCAAGUAGACAAUGGGAUUUUUUCCAGUGGUACUUUAUCUAUAGAACAAAGAUGAAAUUAAACUGACCUUGCAGACCAGCCAGUGGAGUAAAGAACCAAAUUCUAGCAGGACGGUUACUCAUCCAGAUGUUAAAAACAAUGCUUAAAAGUAUUUUCUUGCUCAGGUUUUACUCAGUGUUGACCUAAUGUUUGUGACGGACACCUAAUACAAAAUAGAUUGUGAAGUUCAAUUCACAUAAGAGUGAGUGUACAUUCAAUUUUUUUUCUUUUUCUGUCCUUCAGAGAGUCUGAUGCCAACUGGUCAGAAAAAAAACUAAUUAUAAAAGCAUAAAUGUGAGGUUGUGUCUCUGCCAUGACACAGUGACAUAGACUGAUGAAUGCAUUCCUGUGUGAAUUUUUUAAAGAUACAAGUAUAUUUAGGCUUGCAUUUUUAUAUGUAAUUUAGUACAUGAAGGAUCCUUGUAAAAUGAAGAGAGUGGACAACUACAUCUUCAAUGUACUUUCAACCUGUUCUACUUCUCACCUCGAGUGAUCUACUUGUAUUUUGUUUUUAAGGGGGAGGGACAAUGUGAUGGGAGAUGGGGAAGAACAAUUUGCAGCUUUGACCUGAUUUUACUAAUACCAGUUAAAGCAAUAUUUUUAAUGGGGUACCUAAAUUAUGCUGUACAUGUUCUUCAUUGUGCUUAUGCUGUGCACACCAUAAAACAAUACAGAUUAACAGUGAUAAUUUUAUGGUAUGUUAUCACUAAAUCCAUAAUAACAACACACUUUUCAUGAAUUUAGUUACAAAAGUAUUGUAAUAACAUAAACGUUUACAAUCUAAAAGUUCAUUUAAAUUGGAUAGAAUGUAUGUCUGUUAAUAAGCUUUACCAGUAAAUUGAUUUAUUUUUUAACUAUCUCUGUUGUCUCAGUGCUUUUCUCAUUUUUAUACCUGAUUAACUGGGUUUCAGUUGCAGCGAACUAUUUAACAUAAACUUGUGUCUACAUUGACUCUUAUAGAAGAGCAGUUAGUUAUUUGGUUUUGUGGAGUAGGGUCAGCAUUUUUUUUGUAGGCCAUGUACCUGGAUUGUGGUCAAAUCGCCUGUCUCUAACUACCCUACCUCCAUCCCCUUGCAAUCAAUAUUUAUAGUAUACUAAGCUGAAGACAGUCAGCAGGUCAGGCAGCAUCCAUUAAAAGAAAAACAGUUAAUGUUUCAGUUUGAAGUCCCUUUGUCAGAACUGGGAGAGAAAAAUUAAAAAAGGCAAUCUCAAGUUAGAGAAGGAAGCAGGAGUGAUGGAUGGGAACAGACAAAGGGUCAUUUAGCUUGAAAUCUUAUCUUUGUUUCUCUUUCCGCAGAUGCUGCCUGACCUGAGUGGUUCCAGCAUUUUCUGUUUUAUUUCAGAUUUCCAGCAUCUGCAAUGUUCUGAUUUUCAUUCGUAGUUGCACUGCAUUCCUGUACCAAUUGAAAAAAAUUUCAUUAUCCUGUUAGGUGAUUCCUGAAUGUCAAAACAAUUAUUUUCCAAGCCCUGCAAUUUUCUUCCAGGUUUCCUUGCUGCAUUGUUUAAUUCCCAGAAAAUACCUUGCAGCUCUGCAAUUCAAUUGAGACAGUACAUGAUGGAGCAAAUAAAAAUGCCUGAAUUUCUAAGGAAUGGAGAAAUAAUUUUAUACUAUAUUUUGAUCCGCUUAGGCAGAUAAACAAGAAUAGAUGAAAGUUAAGAUGUUAUUGUAUUGCAUUGGCACAAAAGGAAAGAAUUGUACUGUACCAUAAAUAAAGCCCUCAAA